AUGUACAUUUGGGUCAUCCUGCCAAGCCCACAUGUGACUAGUAUUAAACAAAUUGUUUUGAAUUGACAUAUUUCUGUGUCACAAUACAUCAGCUUAUCAUAGAGCUGCCUUCAUCCAUACUCUUGCUAUAUCUGAGACUCCCAUCUUGUGACCAUGAAAAUCUUUCUGCUGCUGCUGCUACUAGCUCUUGGUGGCUUAACAUUAGUGUCCACGUCUUGCACUGCAAAUUGUGCUGCUGACCAGAUCUGCAGCAUUGAUAAAUGUGAAUGUAAUUCAACAUAUUACAGCGUAAAAGCACUUCCUCCACCGCCCGUCAUUCAGUGCAUUCAUGGGUAUGUGCAUCUGUAUUUACUGAAAUGUCAACUAGAGAAGAGUAAAUAUAACUCCCUCAACGUCCACCUCAAUGACCCUACUUGUGUCGGGACAGAAGAAGUUCUGGAUGGUAUUGCUCGAGUGGCAUUUCACAGACAUUUGGCAUCUGGAGACUGUGGUAAUACUUUAGUUGUAACUAAUUCCCAUAUCAUUUACUCAAAUGUCUUGCACAUAAGUCCAAAAGGAACUGGAAAAAUAAUAACUAGAAACAAUAUCAGUAUCUCCUUUUCCUGCUCAUUUCCAUUAAACCUUACAGCGUCUCUUAAUAUUACCCUGAACCCAAAACUGGGGACUACCCAGAUAAUUGAACCUGAAACAAAUGCAUUGCUGACUGUAAUUAUGACGGCAUAUACAGACCCAGAAUUUGUUACGAUGGUCACCGAUGGGACCCCUUUAACAGUGGAACAAUUUAUAUAUAUCUCAGUACUUAUACCACAUUUGGAAGCUGAACGUUUUUCAACCAAGGUGCUAAAUAUAUACGCAUCUGCAAACCAAAAUGGCUCAUUACCUAUAUACAUACUUUCUGGAGGAUGUCCAUAUCCUGAGGUUGAUUACAAUAUUGUGAGCACCAUAAAGAAUGGAUAUGGCAAUGAAGCACGAUUCCGAAUGAAAGUCUUUCAAAUUUAUGGGUUUAACUCUGUGCAUCUUUUUGCAGAUGUUACAAUCUGCGAAACAAACUGCUCAUCGGAAUGUGAGGAUAGCAAAUCAAGGCAAGAUAGACAAGAAGGCAAUGUUGUAACAGUAAGAGUAUUAGAUUUAUUUGCAGAAGAGAUAAUUGAUUCUGGCGCCUUUAAGUAUUUCUCCCUCUCCUGGACCCUGAGCUCUCUGCUCAUGUCGCUGCUAUUUGUAAAACUGCUGUAACAAAACUUCCCACCAAAACAUGGAAACAAAAAAGCCGAUAAAGAUCAUAGUGUAGUUUUGGAGUACCAGUCAAGCUGCCCUAAUGUAACUAAGCCAUAAUUUUAUUCUACCUUUUUGUACUUAAUUCACUACAAGGUCUCUCACGGGCUACAGUCUCACCAGUUCUUAUGUUAAUUCACUCACUAAAUAGUGAAUAAACAAAUUGGGCUCAUUACUACAGGACUAUAAAUAGGCUACAUCUAAAUAAUUUGUACAAGCUUAAAAAUGUAGCAUCAACUUACUGUGGGUUACAUUGGUCUCUGUGACCCAUGGCGAUUUUGUUUUUCUCUUGAACAAACUGUAUAGUUUAUGCCAUUGAAUAAACUUAUUAAGUAUA